AUGACAAAGGGGAGGACAUCAUUUGGAAAGUGUUGCAAUAAGACAUGCACAUUGUGCCACCACUGUGGCUCUAAGCCCUACCACCCUUGGAAGUAGACCUGUGGCAAAUACUAUCCUGCCAAGAGGAAAAGAAAAUAUCACUGGAGUGCCAAGGCUAAAAGACAAAAUCCCACUGGGGCUGGUCGAAUGAGGCAGCUGAAAAUUGUCUACCCCAGAUUCAGGCCUGGAGUCCGUGAAGGAACAUCACCUAAAGCCAAGAGCACAGCUGUUGCAGCAACCAGCUCCUCUUAAGGAU